CCCAGCUGUUGCAAACGAGUUCUGCGAAGGUGUGAUAAAAGCAUCGCAUAAAUGAGUGUUUAUCGAUAACUUUCAUUGAUACAAGGCAAUUCUUUGGAAAUCUGAAAUCUGCACACAUUGAUAAUGGGUGGCUUAUCUUCGUACACGGUGGUUAAGUACUCUGAUUGUGGCUCCAAGAUGAGGUAUAAAUGCUCUGCCUCGUACCCACUGACAUACAAACCAAACCAUACCCUUCCAAAAGUGUAGUUGAAGUCCAGCAGUGAGACUCACAAAAUGUUUCGUUUUAUUCUUGCCUCCCUUCUGCUGAUCGGUCUGAUCGACAGCAUCUACUCGAUCGACUACUGCACGGCGAACCUGUGCAGCAGCGGACUCCCCAAUGUUGGCUGCAAUCCUCCACCGCUCAGUGGUGGUCCGCAAUGCUUCGGCCGGUCGCCGGUCGUGGUGCCGAUUACGGCGAGCCUCAGGUCGCUCAUCCUUGACCAGCACAACAGCCGUCGUUCGCUGAUAGCAACUGGUCGCCUGAGCCCGUUCUUCCCAGCCCGCCGGAUGCCGACGCUGGUGUGGGACGACGAGCUGGCCUCGCAGGCCGGCCACAAUGCCCGGUCAUGUGUGUUCCAGCACGAUCGGUGCCGCAAUACGGUUGAUUUCCGCUGGGCAGGUCAGAACCUUGCGAUCAAGCAGUUCUACGGCCAGACGAUUACGGUCGAGACGCUGAUCAACGAUUUCGUGCGCAUGUGGUGGGAUGAGCAUUUCGAUACAACUACCGGACACAUCGACUCCUACCCGAGCAACCAUGUGGGACCCGCCAUCGGACACUUUACGCAGAUCGCCAGCGAUCGCACCUGGGCGGUUGGAUGUGCGAUGCAGAACUGGCUGCAGGAUGGCAUGUGGAUCACGUACUACUUCGUGUGCAACUACUCGUUCACCAACAUCGUUAACCAGCCCGUUUAUGUGCGCGGUACCACGGCGGAGGGCUGCAUGACGGGACAGGACUCGCGCUAUCAGGGGCUGUGCUCGGUGAACGAGGUGGUACAGUCGGUACCGUAAGGUUGAAAACCAUUGAGUGUGAAUAAAAU